UGAAUAAAAUUUAAUUUUUAUCUGCAUUAACUACUCAGUGGACUGUGCACGUGUGUAGCGGCAAAAGCUCGAAACAUCAAUCGACAAAAGUUAAUAUAUAUCAAUUAAGGUCUCGAGUCACGCUAUAAAAAAGAUUUGAAGAAUCUGAAAAAAUUAAAAGAUGUGCGGAUAAAUAUAUAAUUCACGUGACAAUACACGAGGCGACGAAAUUUAAAUUAAGUUAGCGACACACACACACAACCUGAAAGAAGAUGCCGAACAUCGACAUCGACAAGCCAAGAUGGGAUCAGAGCACGUACGCGGGACGCGCCUAUCACUUUCUGGCGCUCACCAAUCCGUUGAAUCUCUUGGCGUCGAGCGAGGAGCUGGAAAAAGCCAAAGAAAUCGUCGAUAAAGUCAGGAAGGGGUCGUCGCUCUCGCAGCUCGGCAUCGACGAGGAUCAAUUAUGGCGCAGCAAGUAUCUGUACGACAGCGCCUAUCAUCCGGACACGGGCGAGAAGAUGAUCGUGAUCGGCCGCAUGAGCGCCCAAGUGCCCAUGAACAUGAUGAUCACCGGCUGCAUGAUGACCUUUUAUAAAUCGACACCGGCGGUCGUGUUCUGGCAGUGGUUCAAUCAGUCCUUCAACGCGGUGGUGAACUACACGAAUCGCAGCGGCUCCAGUCCCAUACCGACGUCGACCCUGGGCCUGAGCUACUUCGGCGCGACGACGGGUGCCGUGGCGACGGCCCUGACCCUCAACAGGCUGGCCCUGAGGGCGCCGCCGCUGGUCGGCCGCCUCGUGCCGCUGUGCGCCGUCGCCGCCGCCAACUGCGUCAACAUUCCCAUGAUGCGGCUGACCGAGCUCAGGGACGGCAUCGAGCUGCAGAACGAGCAGGGACAGACCGUGGGCAGGAGCAAAAAAGCCGCCAAGGAGGCCAUCGCCACGGUGACGGUGUCGAGGAUCCUGAUGGCUUCUCCGAGCAUGAUAUUGGCCCCGGUGCUGAUGAACUACCUGGAGCGUCGCAAUCUGCUGGCCAAGUACAAGUGGGCCGGCGGACCGAUACAGAUCGCCCUGUGCGGCCUCUGCCUGACGUUCGCCACUCCCCUCUGCUGCGCCCUGUUCGCCCAGAAGGUCAAGGUCGACGUCGACCAUCUCGAGGAGGACGUGCAGAAGGAGCUUACCUCGUACAAAUCCGUUUACUACAAUAAGGGCUUGUAAAGAGAGACAGAGAGAGAGAGAGAUACGAAUCGACGAGAUAGUUCCUGUUAUUUUUUUUUUUAUUGUUUGUUUAUUUUUUUUUUUAAUUUUUAUUCAUUUGUCUUUUUAAUCCAAGAACACGUGCAAUUGUUGCUGAGUCUGCGGUUUUUAAUUUUAUUAAAAAAUAGAGAGAGCGAGAGACUGCGUUGAUGAUUGUAAACUGCUUCGAGGAAUAUAUUACACGAGUCGUGUUGGAAUUGUUGUACAUUUUAAAUUAUAUAAAAGUAUAUGAGCAAAGUAUAUAUUUUUUCAAACGCGAGUGAUAUCGCGAAGAGAGCGCGACGCUUGUGCUGGAGGAAAAGGCUUGAGAUGUGAUAAAGAGCGAGCUAUUUUUGAAAGCGGCGACCGCCUCAUAUAUAUAUUAUUAUAUAUAAUAUAAUGUUGAAUUAUAUCAAUGUUUUGUAAAAAAUAAGAUAUUCAACAGUGUUCAAUCCUGUUCUAUACAGUUCUAUUAAUUGUGUCGUUGAGAAAACCUAAGAGAUCAAUUUUAAUAAAAAUGAUAUUUCAAUUAGCGCUGAACGCAGUGCAUAGAAGUA